CGGCCGCUAAGCGCAGCACGGAUGAAUAUUUAAAUGAAGACGCUUGCCCUGGGCUAGAACCAGGGUUGUGAAAUGGCUUGACGGGAAUGACCACUUUCAGUCCCCAUUUCAGGGAUGAGGAAGCCGGACGAUCGAGGUGUUCAGGAAUUUGCCCACAGCCACUCAGCUGGCAAGCGGCUGCGCUGGGGCUUUUAAUCCUUGCCCAGACCUGGGCCACACCUCUCGCCCUCUCGGCGCUCCGCGGCCUCCCACGAAGGUCGCACGCGGAAGGCGCAGGUGGGGCCUGGCUGCUCGCCCCGCUGGGCUCGCCCGCGCGCCUGGGCCCCGGGAGGCGCUCCCGGGAAGCCACCCUGCAGUCGGGGACACCGGCGGAUCCGCGCGGGGGGACCUGCCACCGCAGAUCUGACCCUGCGACAUACUCUCCCCUGGGCAGCGAUGACCAGCCUACCGGCUACGCCUUCUCCUGGAGAACUGAUGACCACGCCAGUCCUCCAGGCCCAUGAAACCCUGUCCCCACAAGCUGAAGAGGCCAGCACAGCACUCAUUGCAGUCGUUAUCACCGUGGUGUUCCUCACCCUGCUCUCGGUGGUGACCUUGAUCUUCUUCUACCUGUACAAGAACAAGGGCAGCUACGUCACCUACGAGCCUGCAGAAGGCGGUGAGCCCAGCGCCGUCCUCCAGAUGGAGAGUGAGUCAGCCAAGGGCAGAGAGAAGGAAGAGUACUUCAUCUAAUGGUUCCCAGCACUAACACACUGACUCUGUAAAAAGCCAGUGAGUAGCAUGAAGUGAGAUGGCAAAUCCAGUCACCUCCCUGGACACAGCCCCCAACACCAGCAUCACUGACUCCAGGGUCCAGGGACAUGGAGAAAGCUGCUUAGGACACCCAUAGCUGGACCUUGAUAAGGACAGUGCUCACAACUGGCCAACAACGCGAGGUCAUGCCUGCGUUGGGAGAUGUAGUGGGAGGUCACAGGCUGGUCCACUUUGUCCCCUCCUGGUUGCCUAGUGAUAGCCUCAGUGUAGCUUCCUGGAGGCUAGACACCACAGGAAGGGACGGGGCAGGAGGGGUGGGCUUCUGAAUGUUACUCCUUUGGUCUGAGCCCUGCCAUUUCCCCCAACAGCCUCAAACUUACUGUUUUUUUAAUCCAGAUUAAACUUAUUAUGAAAGUCAGAUUUUCAUUUACAAGAACUAAAUUUUGACUUGUUUUUGCUUAAA